AUGAAUGAUAGACUUCUGGCUAGCCUCAUUGACAUGUAUGCAAAGUGUGGCGAGAUAGAUUCUGCAUCAAGUGUUUUCCAUGAACACAAAGUGAAGCGAAAGGUUUGGCCAUGGAAUGCCAUGAUUGGUGGGUUUGCAAUGCAUGGAAAACCUGAAGAAGCUAUAAGUCUGUUUGAACAAAUGAAGGUUGAAAGAGUUUCUCCUAAUAAAGUAACAUUCAUUGCCUUAUUAAAUGCUUGUAGCCAUGGCUAUAUGAUUAAGGAGGGAAAAUCAUAUUUUGAAUUGAUGUCUAGUGAUUACGGAAUAAAUCCUGAAAUAGAGCAUUAUGGAUGUAUGGUAGAUUUACUUAGUCGUUCUGAGCUCUUGAAGGAGGCUGAAGAGAUGAUCUUGAGCAUGCCGAUGGCUCCGGAUGUUGCGAUUUGGGGAGCACUGUUGAAUGCUUGUAGAAUCUAUAAAGACAUGGAACGUGGAUAUAGAAUAGGUAGGAUAAUUAAAGAAAUUGAUCCUAACCAUAUAGGCUGUAAUGUUUUGUUGGGUAAUAUAUAUUCUACAUCAGGAAGAUGGAAUGAAGCAAGGAUACUAAGAGAGAGAAAUGAAAUCAGUAGUGACAGGAAAAAAAAUUCCUGGUUUCAGCUCAAUUGA